CACUAUGCUGAGUAUUCUAUGUAUAUUACCUCAUUUAACCCUCAAACCUUCAUUUGUAAUUUUGGCAGUGUUGGGUUGCCCUCUGUUUAGAUGGGGAGAGAGGUUAUUCUGGACAAUGGGAUAUUUUACGUCAGAUGGGUUUGAGGGAGGUACCUAAGUGGGAAUUUUGGAUAGUUGAAAGGAGAGCACUGAGAGAUGGGGAAAGGACUUCAAAAAUGAAGAUAAUAAAGGGUAAAAGAGAAAAUUUGCUUGCUUGGCCAUUUUACUGAGGACCCUAGUGGUAGGAACCACCCACAUGAUAAAGAGAUAUUCCUUGGAUAUUUAUGCAAGAAACACACAUACUGCAUCUCUCCUGUUUGCCAGGAUCUAGAGAUGGAGAGAUGCGUCAAGCACUAAACCAGUCUCUGAUCUGAAGGCGUUCACAGUUUAGUGGAGGAAAUAGAUAAAUAAGCAGUUGUGAAAUGAGGUGCGUUGCUGUAAUUGCUGUACGUUGAAGAUGUUAAGUUGAAUUAGUCAAAAAAUGGAACAUGGAUGUUUAAUAUUUGAUGUAACUUGUAAAAUAACAGAAUCUUGGUAUUGUACAGUUUUAGACCAACCUUUCAUUUAAUGCAAGAUAUCCUUACUUCACGAACUCUGACUGUUGGUCCUUAAGCCUCUGCUUAAAUAUCCCUAAUGACAGAGAAGUCAUCACCUUCUGAGGCAGCCAGUUCCAUUGUAGGGAGGAGCUGUAGUUAGGAAAUGAAUUUUGGUGAAACAGAAUUUACCACAUCCUGACCUCACGAUUUGAUUUAGUAUUGGAGUAAGAUAAAUUGACUCAGUUGCUGCGUCUAUAAAAUGCGGUGAUUUUGUCUUCACAGCUAGGGUACCUUUCAGAUCAAACUUUGUUGAAUUAAUUCUGUGAAUCUCUGACUUAUAUUUACAUGGCAGAUUGAUAUUCAAGUAACACUUGCCGAUUACAUAUAGGACAUUUGUGAGAUUUUGUGCCCAGUUCUCCCUCUCUCUCCCCCAUUGCCAUGGCUACAGUUAACAGUAAAUGCUGUUGACUCUCUUUAAUCUGUUGUUAAACAGAUUCCCCAAAUCUGCUAAGCAAUUAUCCUGUACUUGUGCGGUUUAUUUUAUUUUAAACCUAAAUGAAGGCCUUUGUAUUAAUUGCCCCUAUUAAAUCUCAUUUUGCCAUUUAGGCAGCCUAUUCUUAGUGUGGUUUUUUCUGAUGUCACUUAGCAUUGUAUCUGCCAAUUCCGUGGAGGUUAGGAGACUAGGAAAUGGAGGUAUUGUGGAAAAACAAGUGAUUGAGAAUUUAGGAGUGCCCCCAUUCUUCCAAGAUGGAGGUGUCUGUUGAAUUAUAAAUGAUGCUGCUUAAGUGUUUUAAAGAUGAUAGAAGUAAAUGGAAUUUAUCUGGAGAAAUGUCUGGGUAAAUCAGAUUUUUGUUUUGAACCCCAAAAUUUGGGAGUGAAAUGUUACCUGGGCUAGAGGAGAGUUUACUUUCGUGUUGUCACGUUGUGUGGUGCUCGGUAUUUUGACGCGCUCACUUUGAUGUUACUGCCUCGGGGUAACCCCAAGUGGGUGGAGUUCAGAAGAACCGCUGAGGCGUUUGAGGAACAAAACCCAGGGCAGUAGGCUGGGGGGAGCUGGUGGUCAGGGUUUUAGCUUUGUUCACAGAGAUAUGCAGCAUAUUUUGAAAAAAGAGGAAAAGAACCUAUGUGGUAUGCUUUCCCCAGAGGCAGAAGAGGGAGAAGAGAAGCCAGGCCUCCUUGAGAGGGCGCAUGGUGUUCGGGGUGCAGAGGACAGAGGGAGGCGGAUUACUCAGGAGAACUGGAGUGGAGGAACAGACUAGACGGUAGAUGUUAACGGGGGUUGACAUCAGUACCGGAAAGUCUUUGCUCUAAGUUCUGACUUUUGCCUUCGCCAUUGCCGCAGUGGUGUGAUCUGCUAAGCACACUGAAUAAAGGGCAUGUGCACCUUAGGCCCUCUCCCUACAUUUUGGUGCGUGUUUGUAGUAUUUGGAAAUAUUCGCUGUGUAGGAAGGCAUAGUUGUGCUAUAGUAGGCAGGGUGAGGGAGAGAAGGGUCGUCACCAGCAAAGUCGGAUGGUGAAAAGACUGGAAUUCAGUCUCUGUGAGAGAAUCUUCAUCCCCCUCUUCCUUUUUCACUGCUAAGCUGUCUCAGCAAGAAGAAACCUAGGAGUUCUUCCAGGAUUCCAAGGGGCUUUUUUUAAAAUCACAGAUACCACUGUUAGAGGAAUGCUGCUGUAUUUGGUUUGAAAAUGUUGACUUUGCGCUAAAAGGCAAGUCAGGCAGAGUGUUUCCUGGAAGGCAGUUACAAUAGGAGUUGGGAGCACAGGUGCAAGGCCGGGAAGUUUAGAGAUGUAGAUCUGAGAGGGAGCAAAGGGCUGAGUGUGGAAGUCGGUUGGGGAAGUGUAGUGUCAGGUCCACUCUUAAAGAAAGAGGUGUCAGUGUGUCUCAGAGCCUAAGCAAAUUCAGAAAGAAGAUUGAAUUUGCCCGAAGGGCGUUACUAGUGAAUCUCAACAAAGUGUUUCAGUUGAGUUCUUGAUGGGGGGCCGGGGAGGGAAGAUGGGUGAUGGAAGCCUAGAGAGACCAAGUAAUAAGGGUUGAGAAAGGAAAAGAGUAUUGAAGUGUAUGCAUAAACGGGGGCUAAGUUGCAUAGACGCUGUCGCUCUAGGCCUGGGAAAGCAAGGUUUCUGGUACUAAUGUUUAUUUAGUCAACAACGCUAAUAGAAAUGUGUGUUCCAUGUACUAUUCGCAGGCUGUCUACAUUUCCACUUCUCUAGCCAGAUAUAUGGCCUUGUGAAUCAACCCUUGGUUGCCCUGGCAUGAGGGAGAAAAAUAGUGUUUCGAUGUGUGACCUCCAGGCACAUUGAAAUGAGGCAAAGAUGGAAAUUUCCCUUAUUGUUGGGACCAAGAGCCAGAAUCUCAAUUUAGGAUUCAUCACUCCGAUACUAUUAUACAGCAAAGAUGGUAACCCCAAGGGUCCUGCUGUCCCUUUACUGCUGUCACUUCCUUUGACAGCUAGAUGUUUGGUUUCUGACCGUCCUUCACAUCCCACCAACAUCUUCAAACUUUGAAAAUUCUGUGAUUUAUUCUGCAGGCUUUGGGAAUUUCUACUGCUAGUAAUUGUAUUUCCUGGCACAGAACUGGCAAUUUUCUGUGAACACAGUAGCGUUUCAUCGCAGUGCUAAAUCAUAGUGAAAUCUUUGUGAAGACAUUUUAAUGGGGCUCAAGCUUAGGUUAAAUUUUAGUUGCAGGAGAGCUACCAAUGCAAAUGAUUCAAGUGAUGAUUAAAUGAAUUAUACCUUCCAUGCCUAGCCAAGUUUGCACAUGCAUAGGUUGCAACAACUACAUCAUGUCUUACCUUUCUGUCCAGAGGCUGGAAUUUUCUUUUGACCUUGAUUGUGAAAUGUAUUCAGAUUUCAGAAAUGUUAAAGUGUGGGGGAAAUGUGCAUCUUAGAGUUGAAGACGCUGUGGCCACCGGUAGAGAUUGGGGCAUGGAAGCAAAGGUGGCCAGGGUAGGACAGAGAUACUAAACAGGGAAUCUGGUUCUUACCUUUACUAUCUAGCAGGACAGUCAAGCUCUAGAGGUCCAUCCAAACAAGAAGCUGUGCUAUUGAACCACCAGGGAGUCUCGAAAGGUUGGAGUCACUUACCAUAGGGCGCAAGUGCAGAAGAGAGCCCACAUAUAGUUUAUUAAUAGUGAGAAUUCAUAUCCAGCUCUAACCUGGGUGGAGUAUUGUUGCAAAUCAUUUUGGUACUCUUAAAUUUUGGUUUCUUCAUUAGUAAAAUGAUAGAACUGAAUCAGAACCAGCUCAUGAAGAUUUCAUGCGGUUCUGUCAGUUUAGGACUCUAGUGGAAUUUUAGGCAGUCUUUUUGGAAAGAGGUGUUUUUCUUUGGUGGCCUACAAAUAAAAACCAUGUUUGGAACAAUGCCAUUUAUUGUAUGCGAUAAUUCUGUAUCUUCAUAUAAUUUUAAAAUGUGUUAAUGUACAGUAUCUUGUUCGACGAUUUCAAUGAGGUGUUGAAAUAGGUCAGGAAGGUAUUAACGUUCAUGUUACUGGUGAAAUGAAGCCAUUGUGGUUAGCAUCUUGAAUAGGUAUAUAAAUCUGAUGAUCUUAUUAACAUUUGGGGACGCCAGCCACCAAGGAGGAAAUCCUGCUACUGAGGAGGAAAACCCUGUCAGGAUAGCUUUCUCACCUUCAUCCAUCUAGCAAGUUGACAUAUUCUCCAAGUUCUGAAGUUCUGACUUGACUGUCCUGUGAAGCUUUUCCUGAUCUGUCUUCUGCCUGGGCAGAGGUGAAGCCCUUUGAUUAGUUUCCCGAAGACUCUGGAUUUUAAUGAUCUGUUUAAUGUCUUACUCGUCCACCCUGGCAAACUCCUUUAGUCCAGAUGCCUUGUCUUCUUCGUUCCUGCACCCCGUAGCCCACAUAAUACCUGGCAUAUAGAGAGCUCGAUGAAAAAGUGCCGAAUUAAGUGAAAGAAUCGAGUGGCUGGGCUGGUGUUAAAAGAUGCAGCAGAGUAGGGCAUGAAACUCGGGCUCUGGCGUGGGAGGAGCACAUCAGGGUAUAGUGCUUUUAGAGAUGGUGCCCUGUGCGUGCAUUUAAAAGCUAAAAAACAACCCCUAGUUAAUAAAAGAGAGGUAGCGAGGGGUCAGAUCUAUUAAUAAAAUAAAUUUGAAUUUUAAAAAAAUGGUAAUUAAAGCACAUGAAUUCAUGGGAAUUUUUUAAUUCCUGUUUUAUUUUACCCUAAACUAUAUUACUAUAUCAUAUACAUUUAACAGCAAUCUUAUAUUCAAUCAUGACUCUGAUUUAGAGUGCUGAAAUAAAAUUUUUAAAUUCCCGCAGAAAAUAAACCCUUAUUUGGUUAAUUUUUGUGUUAUAUGAUGUUUAUAUUUGUCUAGUAAUCUGUUCUUAUUGAAAGACUCUUGUUAACAGAAGCCCUUUGGCACUGACUUUCUCAAACUUGCCAUAAUGUAAUGGCCCCUUUGAAAGGAAACGUGCAAAAUGUCUUUUUCAUAAUGUUACUUAAAUUGUAUAGACAUGAAACUAGAUAUAAAACUUUUAUGUUUUUGGCUCAUUUACAACUAUAAAUCAAGUCUGCAAAUUAAAUACAAAGACAACUACAAAACUAGCAGAAUUCAAAUUAAUACAGUUAUUCAGCGUGACAGAUGAUGUUUAGGUUUCACAGUAGGCAAAAAUAGCCGUAGGUCUGAUUGCAUUUUAAAUCUGUUUCUGUAUUUUAACUGCAGUGAGCCUGAAAGCUGCAGUGCCGGGUCCGUAAAUGCUGUUGUGCAGAGUGCUGUUCACGACGUCAAGGCCUUGUUUCAUUACAGUGUUUCUGCCACCUUUGUACAAAAGACAAUUUUACUUGUGUCACAGAUGGGCUCUGCUUUGUCUCUGUCACAGAGACCACAGAUAAAGUUAUACACAAUAGCAUGUGUAUAGCUGAAAUCGACCUAAUUCCUCGAGACAGGCCGUUUGUAUGUGCACCGUCCUCAAAAACUGGGUCUGUUACUACAACGUAUUGCUGCAAUCAGGACCAUUGCAAUAAAAUAGAACUCCCAACUGUUGGCCCUUUUUCAGGAAAGCCAUCAUCUGGCCUUGGUCCUGUCGAACUGGCAGCUGUCAUUGCUGGACCAGUCUGCUUCGUCUGCAUCUCACUCAUGUUGAUGGUCUAUAUCUGCCAUAACCGCACUGUCAUUCACCAUCGAGUGCCAAAUGAAGAGGAUCCUUCAUUAGAUCGCCCUUUUAUUUCAGAGGGCACUACGUUAAAAGACUUAAUUUAUGAUAUGACAACAUCAGGUUCUGGAUCAGGUUUACCAUUGCUUGUUCAGAGAACAAUCGCGAGAACUAUCGUGUUACAAGAAAGUAUCGGCAAAGGUCGAUUUGGAGAAGUUUGGCGAGGGAAGUGGAGAGGAGAAGAAGUCGCUGUUAAAAUAUUCUCCUCUAGAGAAGAACGUUCAUGGUUCCGUGAGGCCGAGAUUUAUCAAACUGUAAUGUUACGUCAUGAAAACAUCUUGGGAUUUAUAGCAGCGGACAAUAAAGACAACGGUACAUGGACUCAGCUCUGGUUGGUGUCAGAUUAUCAUGAGCAUGGCUCCCUUUUUGAUUAUUUGAACAGAUACACAGUGACUGUGGAAGGGAUGAUAAAACUCGCUCUGUCCACGGCAAGUGGACUCGCCCAUCUUCACAUGGAGAUUGUUGGUACCCAAGGAAAACCAGCCAUUGCUCAUAGAGAUUUGAAAUCCAAGAAUAUCUUGGUAAAGAAGAAUGGAACUUGCUGCAUUGCAGACUUGGGACUGGCAGUAAGGCAUGAUUCGGCCACAGAUACAAUUGAUAUUGCUCCAAACCACAGAGUGGGAACAAAAAGGUACAUGGCCCCUGAAGUUCUAGAUGAUUCCAUAAAUAUGAAACACUUUGAAUCCUUCAAACGUGCCGACAUCUAUGCAAUGGGCUUAGUGUUCUGGGAAAUAGCUCGACGAUGCUCCGUUGGUGGAAUUCAUGAAGAUUACCAGCUGCCUUAUUAUGAUCUUGUACCUUCUGAUCCAUCAGUUGAAGAAAUGAGAAAGGUUGUUUGUGAACAGAAGUUAAGGCCAAAUAUUCCAAACAGAUGGCAGAGCUGUGAACACGUUGGAAAGGCUAUCAUUGCAUCAGAACCGUGUGUGGAUCUGCCGGUGAGCCGAAGCGCUUCCCUUCCACCCGGGCAGCGGAGUGCUGGACGGACUCGGAGACCUGUGUUCCAGACCAGUCCGGCUGCCGUUCAGUCUGCUUGCGGCGAAUCACUUUCAUUCUCUGGACGUCAACGUGCCUUUUUGUAAUAUGAGGAACUUGGAUAAGAUGAUUUCGAAGAUGAUUCAGACGCUUUUACAUCGUAUUCGUGUGAUUGCCCGUAUGACCAUUCCUGAGGGAUUUGGGGAAAAUGCUUUCCAGCAGUAUCCGAGCUUCUCAGCCAUAGCUCUUAGAAAAGCUUUACAAAUGUUUUUGUAGUUGUAAAUUUAAAGAGUUCAUAAGCCAAAUUUUAUUUAAUCUGUCCUUAAUUGCUAGCUGUUACUAUUAUAAUAUUGGUGAGGCAGGGCAUUUCCUUCCAGAUUUGAAUUUUGUAGCUUAGGAAGAGUAAAAAGCUGGUCGCUUAAGUAGUUGAUUUUACAUUUUAAAAUAAUGUAGGACUCACCAGAACCUUUGACAUCAAGAGAGCUCCUUAGCUCCUUCCAACACAGUCAAGUAUCUAGGCCCAGAUGAAGUGCAUCUAAGUGAGCUCAAGGAAUUUGCAUUUUUAACAAAUGAAAUUGGGCUCUAUUUUGUCUUUUAAAAAUUGGAUCUUGAUACUGCAAAGUAUAAACUUGAAGUAUGUGUGCACUCAUCCAAUAAUUAGAGCAGAUUGGGGCCGGCACUGUGGCUGAGUGGUUAAGUUCGUGCUCUCUACUUCAGCGGCCCAGGGUUUUGCCACUUUGGAUCCUGGGCAGGGACAUGGCA